AUGAGCCCCCAGUUGUCUAUUGACAUCAACAAUGAGCUAGCCUCUUUGUCAGCUACACCAUUUGAGCCUUACAUCUUCAGAGUGGAUGGCCUGCUACGUAGGGAAAAUGAGCUAGCCUAUGAACCAGAAAUACUUGCAAUCGGUCCUUAUCAUCACGGUAAAGCUAACUUGGAAAUGAUGGAAAAGCAUAAACUAAGAUACCUACAAAUGUAUCUUGCGCGAACAAAUGAAUCAAGUGUGGAUAGAUUUGUCAAUGCCAUGCAAGAUUUGGAAGAAAAGACACGAAAAUGUUAUGCAGAGUCCAUUGGACUUGAGAAGGAUGCGUUUGUGCGAAUGAUGCUACUUGAUGGAUGUUUUAUCAUUGAGUUUUUUUACAAGUUAGCAUAUGAAAAGGUUAUAGAUGACCCUAUUUUCAAAAUGCAAAGGUUCACGAAUACAAUUUUUCAAGACCUAUUGUUAUUUGAAAAUCAACUCCCAUUUUUUGUUCUUAAGCGCUUACUUGGAAGUAAUUUAUUAGAUAUCAAUGAUCUCAUUUCUCAGAUACCCUUCCUCUUCUCCCAUCUUUUUUCCCAAAGUUCAACGUAUUCAGACGCAUCCUAUGUUCCAAGGGAGAAUGUCAAACAUCUACUAGGCCUUGUACAUGAUACUUGGUGUUCCUCAUUUAAAACGACCGUCUCUUCCCGUCGGGCCGCUGAAGCCGAAGAAAGAACAUGGAAAUACAUAAAAUGCAGCACACAGCUUCGAGAGGCUGGGGUUAAAUUCAAAAAGGCCACAGAAACUUCCUCGUUGCUGGAUAUAGAGUUCGAAAAUGGAAUAAUGAAAAUUCCACCUUUGAGUAUUGAUGAUAGUACUGAGGUCAUCUUUAGAAAUUUGGUUGCAUAUGAGCAAUAUAAUGACCUAAAUGAACCGGCUUAUGUGACCAAUUACAGGAAGUUUUUAGAUUGUCUCAUCAACUCUCCAAAGGAUGUCGAAAUACUACGUCACCGUGGAAUCAUUGACAACUGGCUAGGUGAUGAUGAAGCAGUUUCGAGCCUGUUGAACAGAUUGGGCAAUAAUGUCAUCCUAGAUUCUACAUCAUUCUGUUACUCCGAAAUUUUUAACAAAAUUAACGACCAUUGUAAACGCCGUCGAUACAAAUGGAUGACCAAGUUAAGGCAUAAUUAUUUCAACAGCCCGUGGUCUAUCAUUUCACUUUUUGGUGCUACUCUGUUGCUUGUGCUGACUAUCAUACAGACUAUAUACUCUGUCUCAAAAGUCUGAUUUCAAGUCUAGUUUGAUUUACUUGUUUCCUUAAAGCAAAAAUGUUGUAUGUUUCAAAUAAAUUGUACUGAUUAUUUAGUUAACCAAUUGUUUCAAAAAUGUACUGUAAGAAUUUCUCAAUGUGAAAACAUUAUAAGCCACUAGUUGUAGCAAAUUAAGUUCUAGUUUGAU